GUCUCACUGGCCGCCCGGAACGAACGACGCGGUCGAGACGGAUGAAUAAAGCGGCCGGAACGAAGGAAGCAUGUUUUUCUCCAGAAAGCGAAAGCAGAAACGGAGCGUCUAGCGCAUACAAGAUCAUCAUCCAUCACUGCCAGGGCGUACCGAUCGAUCUCUUUUUUCACUUUGCGCCCCGCCGGCUUUUAGUUUCCUCGCUUUGGAGAUCCAUGGCCGAUCCAUACAACAACUUGUUCAGCCUCGCAGAAGCCGCAGAUAUAACAGCAGCAUCGUCCUCCCCCACCGGUGUCAAAGAGCAGAGCAGAGGCAGCGAUGGCGCGCGACAACAGAGCCGGCCGGUCGGUGGUGGUGUCGCGGCUGCUCUGCUGCCUGCUGCUCCUGGUCGCCACUGCUCGGUGUGAAGCAAGAGCCAUGAGGCGACUGCAAAGCAAGAACAAUCCGCUGCUCAACGCGCUGUUCAAGCUCAACUUCAUCAGGACAGUGGAACCAGCGCACCUACCCCCUCCUACCGGCGACGCGGACGCAGCGAGCCUCGCCGCCAGCGACACCAACUCGCCAUUUUGCGUCAACCCCCCAGACGCGCCGUCGACGACGACGCCUCCCUUCAGUUCGACCCCGUCCACCCCUUCCAUCCCGGACCAGCCCCCGCCGCUGCCGCUGCCGCCGAUCACCCCAGUGCCGCCGUCCUUCGAGCCGAGCCCGCCGGAGGGCAGCACCCCGGACCAGGGCCAGGGAGGUCCGCCCGCGUCCACGACGCCGAUCAACCCACCGCAGAACGUCCCGAGCCGCCCGCCCGUUGGGUCGGUGCCGCCGAGCCCCAUCGUCGUGGUGCCGAGCCCGUUCGAGCCCGGUCCCGGCUCAGGCUCCGGCUCGGGCCGCCCGUUCCACCCGCCGAUCGUGUACCCGCCACCGCUGGCGCCGCCGCUGCCGCCGGGGGCCGGGCAACCGCUGUGGUGCGUGGCGAAGCCGUCGGUGCCGGACCCGAUCAUCCAGGAGGCGAUGGACUACGCGUGCGGCUCCGGCGCCGAGUGCGGGUCGAUACAGCCCAGCGGUGCGUGCUACCAGCCCAACACCGUGCUCGCGCACGCGUCCUUCGCGUUCAACAGCUACUGGCAGCAGACCAGGGCGGCCGGUGGCGCCUGCGACUUCGGCGGCACCGCCACCAUUGUCACCAGAGACCCAAGCUAUGAGAUGUGCAAAUUUGACCUUCUGUGAGGGUACGUAGAUAUGCAGAACAGACUGCAGAUGUCGAAAUUUCCCAAGUUUGUUCGGGGCUAUUCUAUCGUUUGCUUCUAGGCCACACAACUGCAGAUUUUGUAACUAGCUCUUCAGUAGUAUGAUUUUUUUUUUUUGUCAGACUAAUACUGUGCAAAGGUGAAAGGUGAUUCCUUGACAUAUUUGUUA